AUGACCUCACACGGUCCCGGUUCUUGCUGCUACAAAGGCGUCAAGCAUGAGGGCCAGCCCGUCGGCAGCAUCUCCACCGUCAACGAUAUUGAGGUUUACACCUCUUACCCCGAGAAUAAAUCCACCGACUACGCCGUGUUGCUUCUCACCGACGUCAUCGGUCACAAGUUCAACAACGCUCAGCUCAUCGCCGACCAGUUCGCUGCCAAUGGCUUCUUCACAUUCGUGCCCGAUCUUUUCCAUGGCGACCCAGUUCCGUUGAACCGUGGCGACGAUUUCGAUUUUGCCAAGUGGAAGGAGAGUCAUGGAACGGAGGUUGUCGAUCCUAUCAUCGAAGCUAGUAUCACCGAGCUGCGCGAGAAGUACAAGGUGAAGAAAAUCGCCGCCGUCGGCUAUUGCUUCGGCGCCAAAUACGUCGUCCGUCACCUCCACCCCAAACAAAACAAAAUCGACGUCGGCUACGUCGCUCACCCUUCCUUCGUUGAAGCCGACGAGCUCAAGGCCAUCGGCGCUCCCUUUAGCAUCUCCGCCGCCGAGACCGACCAGAUUUUCCCCGCUGAGAAGCGUCACGAAUCUGAAGUCAUCCUCAAGGAGACCGGCCUCCCAUACCAGAUCAACCUGUACAGUGGUGUCACCCACGGGUUCGCAGUUCGCGCCGAUUUGAACGACAAGGUCGCCAAGUAUGCAAAGGAGAAUGCUUUCUUGCAGGCUUUGUCGUGGUUCGAGGAGCACCUUAAGAAUUGA